AUGGACCCAACCAUCCGGCGCGAGCUGUCGAAGCUCGACUCUGCGGUUCCGUUCCGCGCCUCGCCACACCAUCUACACCAUACUUGGGCGAAAACCUUUUUCUCAAGACCAGAGCUCUAUCUACGACCGCAGACGAUACCGGAGAUUCAACAGAUUGUUACACUUGCAAGGAGGUGUAGACGACGCCUCGUUACUGUGGGAAGCGGCCAUUCUCCCUCCGAUUUAACAUGUACCUCGGCUUGGCUUGUGAAUCUGGACGACUUCAAUCGCGUUUUGAGUCUGGAUACGGAGACGAGAACUGUGACUGUUGAGGCGGGGAUAAGGCUGAGCGAGUUGGGGGAUCGAUUGGAGGAGAAUGGAUUGAUGUUGGAGAAUUUGGGGAGCAUUGACAGUCAGUCGAUUGCGGGUGUUAUUGCGACGGGGACACAUGGGAGUUCGUUGCGACAUGGACUUCUUUCGGAAUGCAUCGAGGGGUUGAGCUUGGUUUUGCCCAAUGGUCAACUUGUCAGAUGUAGCGCUGAUAACAAUCCUGAGCUGUUUCGUGCGGCGCUGGUCUCGCUCGGAGCUCUCGGGAUCAUCGUUGAAGUGACGUUUAAGGCGCGGAAGGCGUUCAAUAUUGCCUGGCGACAGGAGAGAUACUCGCUUGCGAAGGUGUUUCAGGAAUGGUCUGGUGAUUUGUGGACAUCUCAUGAAUUUGUUCGUGUCUGGUGGCUUCCCUAUGAACAGGGUGCGAUUGUUUGGCGAGCCGAGCCGACCGAUCGUGUGUUGCAGCCGCCUCCGAAGAAUUUCUACGGCGAGUGGUUCGGAUACCACGUUUACCAUAACCUGCUUGCUUUAUCGUCGUAUCUUCCUCGCAUUUUGCCAUGGGUGGAAUGGUUUGUUUUCGGUCUGCAGUAUGGCUUCCGACCGGGCAGUACUGUUACUGAGGCUGUUGAGCCCGCGCGUGCCGGUCUCCUGAUGAACUGUCUAUACUCGCAAUUUGUGAAUGAGUGGGCCCUCCCAUUAGAACGGGGUCCCGAGGCAAUCACCCGUCUCUCAGCUUGGUUGCACGGCGACACCAAGACUGCCGGUAUCCCCUUCUCCAGCAAAGGAUUAUACGUCCAUUGCCCCGUUGAGGUCCGCGUUUCCGACUCCUCCCUUACCUCUACCCCACGCCCAUACCUCGAUCCAACCUGCCGUGAUGGCCCGACGCUAUACUUGAAUGCGACGCUCUACCGGCCGUAUCUCCGGGAUCCUCCUUGCCGAAAGCGAUACUACGAGGCCUUCGAAUGGCUCAUGCGGGACAUGGACGCCAAACCACACUGGGCUAAGAAUUUCACGGCCCUCGGUCCAACAGAGCUGCAUGGUCUCUACGGGAAAGAUAUGGAUGAGUGGAUGAAGGUUCGCCAUGAAGUUGACCCCGAGGGAAUGUUUUUGGGCGAAUGGCAUCGUCGUAACUUACCCCUCUCUACGUGGGGAAAGGGAGGAAACGGUGCCCGAAGUGAUGAUGGGCUCCUCUCUCUUCUAGAAGGGGAGAGUGAGCGUCGCCGGGCUGACACCUGUGGUGCGGGUGAUGGGAUUGAAUGGGUAGGAGAUUGCCGAUGGUUAGCUCCGCAAGGCGAGAAGAAUGCAUAUGAUGAAGAAUUGGAAUUGCCGCCUGACCAUCCGGCGUCUAGUCCGACCACCGCGACGAGCGAGGAGAGUUUUGAUUUGCUCGCCAGAGGGGAGGCUAGUAUUGUUCUGCUUUAA